AAACAAACGCCAUAUUGCAUCAACUAUGAUUUCUCGAGUGUGUGCUUCGACGAUGAUAGAACUUAAACGCACAAUUGGAAAUAAUUGUGUAUGAUACGCUUUCUUUCAGAGGAUUUGCGCUUUCGGUGUCUCAGAGUUUAUCGUCAGCAUCAUUUUUCGAUCAGUAGAUAUAUCAUGGAGGCAGGUUAAAUUAUAAGAUUCUUGGGAUGGCACCAGCACGAGUCAGGGAAGGGCCAUCAUCCAAGUCCCUCCCUGAGAGGGUUGGACAACUUUAUUAUGCGUAUGGACUGUUCUGUGCCUCUCAUCCGGUGGCUUUUCUUUUGUUUGCAAGUGCAAUUGUCACAUUAUGUUGCUAUCCUCUUGUGAACCUCCCCUUGCCCGGGAAUGUACCUCAGCCGUAUGCUUCAUACACUUCUAACCAGAGUGGAUAUGAAGGAGGUCCUACUCCUGUAUGGUAUUCAGGAGCUCCUGUUUGUUACAUUCAGCAGAUUGUGAUAAAAACAGCUGUUUCACCAUGGAAUGACAAAUUAGUUUUGACUGAUGCAUUCCGUGGUCCACUUUCCGAAGUCUUUGCACUACUGGAGACUAUAAGAAAUUAUGAGGAUGUUAACAGUUCUCGCUCUUUGAGUCAUAUCUGUCUUCAUGUAGAGGCAGUAAAAUCCAGAUACACCUCAGAGAGCAUACACAUACUUCCAGAGUACAAUUGUCUUGUCCUAUCACCAGCCAACCUGUGGCAUCAGAGUUACCAAGAAUUUCAAGAGGACUCUAGUCUUUUGGGAACCAUUUUUAACUAUGUUAAUCUUCAGAGGAGCAAAAUAAGUCUUGCCGAGAUUUCGUUUGGUCUUAACCUGAAAGAUACUGGAAUAAAACGCUACCCCAUGCGCACAAGGCAGAGGACUCUUCAAUAUGCUAUUACCCUCCUGCUCCAAGAGAAUGAUAAAUUGUAUAUCAAUGGCUUGAGGAAACGCCUGACUACCAUGUUUCCCUUACAUCAGGACAGCAUUGUUGAGGAUGACGAUGGUCCUGAACUACACAUAUACUACCCAGGAGAAUUUAACUGGAAACAGUUAAUUCCACUAAUGUCACUGUAUUUUAUGUUUUUUCUAUGGGUUUACUUUUCAGUGCGGAAAGUCGAUACCAUUAGAUCAAAGAUUGGUUUUUCCAUUUGUACUGUCAUAACUAUAUUGGCCUCUCUUCUAAUGUCAAUUGGUGUCUGUUCCUUUUUCGGUCACAUGCUGACCAUUAAUUCCCGGGAAGUGUACCCAUACCUUGCAAUGGUGGUAGGAGUGGAAAAUAUAUUUGUCUUAUCAAAAGCAAUGUUACACACACCUAGAGACCUGGAUCUGAAAAUUCGUGUUGCCCAGGGUUUGAGUAAGGAGGGCUGGAGUAUUACGUACAACUUGCUGACAGAGGUUACAAUUCUGACUUUUGGCCUCUUUACAUUUGUACCAGCAAUCCAACGUUUUUGCAUUUUUGCAGUUGUUGGUUUGCUUUGUGAUUUCUUUAUGCAAUUAGCUUUCUUUACCUCUUUAUUGACUGUAGUCAGUACUACUCUUGGAUCAGGGAAGUACAGACACAGUGUUAUGCAAACUCCAUCGACUGGCUCGUCCUUUGGGUCAAUACUUCGAUCAAAGUCACAUCCCAGGCUGAAUGGGAUAAUAUCACAAUCUACCGAUAGAUUUCCUACAAUCGUGGUUGCCCCUGUACACUACGCUGGGCAAGUUCUCAACAAGCUCCCUAAACGCAUCCAAAUAGUGCAUUUCUGGGCAAACACUCGAUUUGUUCAAAGAAGCUUCAUGGUUUUCAUGGUCUCGUGGAUAGCUUUUAUUGCAUACAAUUCAGAUGUGUUGGAAAGCUUUUUUCAACUUGAUGCUACGGAUCGCGAAUGGGAGAAAGCUGCUGGAUCUUCAAGCUGGCAAUAUGAGCAGAACCCACAGCAGUAUCUUGCAACCAGUGCACCUGUUAUUGAUAAGCAAAAUAUCUCAUCAUUUGCUCAUGGAUUUGGAGAAGAAGAUAUGAACAGACUUAAGCCUAAUCGUUAUGACCCAUGGGAUCGUCUUUCACCUUACCACUGGCCCACUAUUUUAUCACUUUAUAAUGUGUCUGUUAGUGGACGCUAUUUGUCGGUUUUACCAGCAAUCCGCCUGUCAUAUGUGAUAUCACCUGAAGUGGCUGUGGAUUUGCGCAAUCCUAAUGAAAGACCUGUGCAACAUUUUCAUUGGCAAACACUUGCAGCUGCUCUGGAUCCUCUUGAUUUUUCAGAUGGGGAUCAGAGAUCAUCUGGCAGCAGUCUAGAUUCGAUACGCGGCCGAAAAAUUACUGAACUUCCUUUGUUGCCAUCUUCUCCCAUGGAGCUUUUUUUCUUGUGCCUACUCUGUGUUGUGAGCGUUGGUGUCCUGGCAUACUGCAUGGUACUUCUUUAUCGGUGUGUCUGUUCACGAAAUUAUGCUGAAUGGAGGUCGGGCUGGGUAAAUGACCCUGAAAGUACUGGUUCAACAGACGCUCAUACAGAGGUUGUCCUUGAAGCGAUCCCUCUUGUUCUAGAGGGUCAUCCUCAGGAAGUUGAGUGCAUAGCCUCAGAUGGAAGCAUUGUUGUCAGUACAUGUUUGGCUGGACAAAUAUAUGCCUGGGAUUCUGUUAGCGGAGAAACUUUAGCUUCUGUUGAUCGUAAACGUUACUUUGCAAUGAGAGAUCAGCACAAUGGAGAUUUAGAAGAAUCACUUCUGUCUGACCAAGAGGCAGAUUUAGCAUCUCAAGAGAAUAAUUUUGCAAAUCCAAUGCACCAGGCUUUACAUCAAAGAAAUACCUCAGGAAAAGAUAGGAGGGGUUCUUACAGUAAUGGCAUCAUCCGGACUUCAAAUCGUUCUGGAGAUUGGUCUUUUCCAGACUUGCGCUCAUCCAUCAACACCAAUUUUUCUUCCCUUACAAGCUCUUCACACUCUCCAUCUCUAGAAGACAGUAGAUCCGGAUAUGACUUUAGCAGCAAGUAUAGAGAACUUUUUCAGUUUCACAGAAGGUCAUGUGAUUUAAGUGGAUCAACCUUAGACAGUGAAGAAACUCAUGAGGACUGCAGCUGUGGAAGUUUAGGUUCUUCCCCUCCAAAAUCUCUAAAAUCUCCACAGUUUUACUUAGAUGAAUUUACUACCAGGAAAUCUUCAUUUGAAAGUCAAAAUAAAAGUGGCAGAUGUGAUGGAGCCAAUGCCAAUGUGCCUCCAAUUUGGUGUAUUGAUUGUCGAGAAAACAUUGUGGUUCUUGGUUGUGCAAAUGGAAGAUUAGAAUUUUGGGAGGGAGCUUCUGGACGAUUUAAGUGUCUCUACGAAGACCCCAACUUGAGUGGAGUGACUGCUGUAAAGUUGGUUGGGAACAGAGUUGUAGCGGCUCGCCUCUCUGGAUUUUUGGACUUUUUAGUUCUUGAAAGUUACAGCAAAGGAAGGCCAAUUGAUUGGGGCUUUACAGCAUAUCGCCGAACUCAUGUUAGAUCUGGCAGUGCUGGGUCCUUAGACUGGGAUGCAAUGGUUUCAAGGGGUGAAGAAGAGGACAUCAGAUGUGUACGCUUACAUUCUACCAGAGCACAUCAACAGCCCAUCACAGUCUUGCAGACUGAGGGAGGACGAGUGCUUACAGGAAGUCAAGAUCACACUUUAAAAGUCUUUCGUUUAGAGGAUUACCUUCCUCUUUACACUCUUCAUGGCCAUUGUGGUCCAAUAACUUGCCUUUUCAUUGACUGCAUUAGUCCUAUGACUGCCGGGUCUGGUAGUCAAGAUGGUCUGUUAUGUGUCUGGGACUUACUGACAGGCGCCUGCAUGUAUAGUAUUCAAGCCCAUGAUGGUGCCAUUCUGGCUUUGACUUACUCUGCCAGUUAUGUGAUCAGUUUGGGUGCUGAUGAUCGCCUGUGUGUGUGGGAACGCUUUCAGGGCCAUCUUCUUAACACCAUCUGGAUGGUGGGUCUGCCACAUGUAGGAAAAGCCCAAGCAUAUUGCUCAAGUAUUGCUAUGCUGACACACAGUCUCCUCGUUACUAGUAAACAAGGCUCAUUAAUUGUGUGGGACGUUAGAGCAGGUGACCCAGUGCGCUUGGUCCGCCUGGGCCAUGCAGACUCUUGUGUGUUCGUGAAACAACUUUUAUUGUUACGAGACAGUGUAGUGUGUGACUAUGCUAACCAACUUAGGAUAGUUCGUUUUCCAUUGGCUACUGAUAAAACUGAGUGAACCAGCAAAAGUCAGAAAAAUAACCAUCACAAAAUGAAGAUGACCCUCAUAGCUCUCUAUCAAGAAUGGGUCUCAAGUCAGUGUGGCUUAAGCUCAAACAUACUGCUCUUGAGCUUAACAUCCUUAGGAACAACUGGCCUUCAUUCUUCAUUGCCUUCAUGUGUCUUCUUCAAAAUAACCAUUUAUCCGUAAGUUAUGUAAAUUGGACCUAAGAAAGUGAUUAGCCUUAAAUGACAAACAGUACUUCUCACCUUGGUCUUUCCUCGGUGCCAAAUUCUUUCUAGUUGGAUAAAAUGGCUGCCUAAGACUUCGAUUUCCCCACUUUUUAAUGCCUUUUUAAUACCUAUACCAAUUCAUAACUAAGUUACAUGGAGUCAGUAAAUAGAAAAAUAAUGAACUGGUUAUAAUAAUAGAUAUUGUAUUACGUAAAAAUUAGAUGUCUGAAGCAGAGAGUAACUAUUAAGACUUUGUUAUUUUCAUCUCUGUUGUUUGUCAUUUCUGUUUUUAUUUAAUCGUUUAGUGCUAAGCUUUUUAAGCUGAUGAUGAGACUGAUUUUGAAACAAACCCAUGGUAUGGUUAAUUUAUCAUCCAUUAGGGCUUGUUUUUUGUUGUUGUUUUCAAUGUAGUAUAAUUUUUCUGAUACUAUGAAAUUUUGACGUGGUAAAUACCUUUUAUGAAUAUUGUGCAUCAUUAUUAUGGACACAUUUCAAUAUUUUAGAUCUUUUUUUGUACUAUCAAACAAUUGCCCAAAACUAAGGGGUCAUCUUGGGCAGUUUGAGUUUACUAUGGUUCAUCUUUUACUUUACUUUGCAAAAAAAAAAUUGUAUGCUUUGUUAUUUUUCCCCCCAAAGAGUGUUAGGAUGUUAGAAUAAAAUAACUGUAUUCCUUGAUCAACUUACAGUAAAUAUACCAUUGUUCUGUUCUGUGGUUCUGUGGUUCUGUGGCAUACUAGCCCGUUCUGCAGAGACAUAGAAUCUUUUUGUCUGCAUAUGACAGUUGGGACCAGCCAAUUACAAGUACGUUCCAGGGCCUAAAAGGUUUUUUUGUCACCAAAUUUUUAAAAGAGAAUUUGCUUGAUGUAAAGGUGUACCUUGAUUUUGGACUGAUGUUCAGUCAAGCUAAAACUGGACUUAAUUCCUGGACAUAUUUUUUGGGAGUCAUUCCAAUGACUUUUAAUAAUAAAAAAUGUUCUAUUUUGGUAUGAAAAAUUAUGGUACAGAAUGUGACUACCUCUCAAACCUCUAUCAGUAUUGAUAGCUACAAAAUAUGUGGGGUUUAGACUUGUUUAAUAAUUUAAAUUGGCUGCAUUUGGCUCAUGCUCUCAAAAUUUACUUUUUUGUAUUUUGUUUCUUCUUUGUAUUUUGAAAAGGGCUGUAGCUAAUGUUUGCAGUGAUGGCUGUGGUUGUUGUAUAUCCUAUCUAUCUGCUUUGUUGCCAUCUGCCACAAAUUUUAACCUUUGACAAAAAGGUGACAUGCAUUAGUUAGUAAUUUUAUUUAUUGAUUUCUUCCUGGAGAUUCCUCUCUUGGAACUUGUAGUAGAAUUAUAGAUUCAAAACAAUUGAUGUGUUUAUGUUCCAAAACUAGAGUGCUUGCCAAUGCAGCUUAAACAACUAAGCUUUAAUCCUAGUCAAACCAUAUUGUUUGUUUGAUUGUGAAGAUUGUUGUGGUUAUUUUCGAUAGAGAGAGUUUCAUCAACACUUUGCUAGUAUUGAAUAAAUGUUAAUGAAUUUCAAUGGUGUUGACUAUAUUUUUUUAAAUGCAUACAGCAGUCAUUGUUUCUGAUUGAUAGAUAGAUAGAACACAUGCUAUUUUAAUUGAUGGAAUCUUUUCAUCAGCUGUAUCACAUUUCUUCCACAUAGGUUUUUGAGUACUUGUUCCUUCCCUCUUCCACGUGAAUUGAAUGAAUUAUUUUACUUCCCUCUGUCUUAAAUAAUAAGAGAAACUCCUGAUUUAAAAAAAAAUACUUUGUACCUCUUUACCACUUUAUUUUGUAGUUCUGUUUUAUAUGUGAAGUAAACAGCAGCAUUUGUUGCCUUCUUGAGCAGACUAACUAUAGUUCUCUUCUAUGAUAGUAAUAGAGGUCACUGCUUUGUCAUAUGUCUAAUUCUCUGCAGUAUAUUUGCUUGUGCAAAAAAAGUUGUUAAGUUUUGUGUGUUAUUGUUAGAUGUUGAACAUCAGAAUGGACCAAGAUUAAUUAUCUAAUAAAAAUGCUCAUCUAUUUUUAUCUGUUAA